UAUGCCAGAAGUUCUUAGAGGAUAUCGUGAGCAACCUGCUGUUGGCACGCCAAAGGAUUAUUUUGACCUUUAUGCGGAAUGUUGGGAUGAUGAGCCGAGCAGAAGGCCAAUUGUCGAACACGUUAUUAAGCGAUUGAUGGAUUUGAAAUUUCAGCCUGUUUUGUCGAAAGAAGAAAUGAGUGCAGAAAAAAUUGAUGAAAAGAGUACAGAACCAUUUGAUAGUCGUAGUAGUAGUAAUGGUAACAUGAACUCGCUUGAUUCGAAGAUUCAAGUUACUGAUGAAAAUCUUUAUUUGCUGCCUUUGGAGACGUAA